CUGGACUCAAGUGACUGAUAAUGAUCUAUUUCUUCGGCCCGCGGCGGCCAGCGGCAUCAAGGGAGAACGGAGCCACGAUCCGCAGGCCACCUUUCUCACUCAAACAAUCAUCAUCAUGAGCACAGUCGGUAAGCCCAUUAUCUGCAAGGCUGCUGUUUGCUGGGGUGCUGGCCAGCCCCUCAAGGUCGAGGAAGUUGAGGUUGCGCCCCCGAGCGCCAAUGAAGUCCGCAUUAAGAUAUUGUACACUGGUAUAUGUCAUACUGAUGAGUACACUCGCAGUGGCAAGGAUCCUGAGGGUCUCUUCCCCGUGAUCCUUGGUCACGAAGGUGGGGGUGUGGUCGAAUCGGUCGGUGAGGGUGUCACAAGCGUGUCAGUUGGCGACCACGUUGUCCCGCUUUACACUGCUGAGUGCCGCGAAUGUAAAUUCUGCAAGAGUGGGAAGACCAACCUGUGUGGAAAAGUGAGAACAACCCAAGGUCAGGGUCUGAUGCCUGAUAGCACUAGCCGCUUCACGUGUAAGGGUCAACCCAUCCACCACUUUAUGGGAACUUCAACGUUCUCACAGUACACUGUGGUGGCAGAAGUGUCUGUCGUCGCUGUGAACAAGUCUGCGCCUCUUGAGAAGGUCUGUCUCCUUGGUUGUGGAAUCACCACCGCAUGGGGCGCAGUUGUGAAGCAGCCAGGCAUCAAGGGCUCCAACGUCGCCGUUUUCGGAUGCGGUGCCAUCGGUCUCGGUGUCAUCUCUACCGCGUCGGUAGUCGGUGCUUCUCGGAUCAUUGCUGUCGAUACGAACCCCGCGAAAGAUUCUUGGGCAAAGAAAAUGGGUGCUACCGAAUUCGUCAACCCUACGACGCUCCCGGAGGGCAAGCGCAUUCAGGACUACUUGGUCGAUAUCACUGAUGGCGGGUUGGACUUUACCUUUGACGCCACUGGCAAUGUACAUGUCAUGCGUGCUGCAUUAGAGUCGUGCCACAAGGGCUGGGGUGUGAGCACCAUCAUUGGUGUUGCUGCUGCUGGCCAGGAGAUAUCGACGCGUCCGUUCCAACUGGUUACUGGUCGCACAUGGCGAGGUACCGCGUUUGGAGGAGUGAAGGGUCGCACUGAGCUUCCUGGUCUCGUCGAAGACUACUUGCAAGGCAAGCUCAAGAUCGACGAAUACGUCACCCACCACCGCAAAUUUGCGGAAAUCAACGAGGGUUUCCACGACAUGCACGGUGGUGACUGUAUCCGCUGUGUCGUCGAUAUGACGGAGUAA